ACUUUAUUUAUCCUUCGAUUCUCAGACUUUCUUCCCUUUCUUGGAUCCUCGCUCUCGCUUCUCUCUCUCAUCCUCAUCUCUCUCUUCUCUCUCAUCCUCUUCUCUCCCUCUCUCUUUCUUCUGUUUCUUCUCUCUCAUCCUCUUCUCUCUCUCUCUUUCUUUUGUUUCUUCUGUUGGGUUGAAUGGAUGAGGAAUCGCUCGCAGCGCCGGGCUUGUUCUUGCUGAAGCCGGACGACCUUCUGCGCGAGUUCGAUUCUACAUCUGCUGCUGCUGCUGCUGCUGCUGCUGCUGCUGCUGCACCGGCCCAUCAUCACCAAUCUGGUCACCACGACCAUCAGCACCAUCGUGAUAGAUCUGCCGGGAUUGAGGCUGGGCUGGCGAACGGCGCCACGGCUCGCACUCCUCUCCCGCAUGGCGUUUGGACUGCCGAUCAGCCACUGCCAGCCACCGCUGCUGCUGCUGCUGCUGCUGCCGCUGCUGCUACGACCAUGAUUGCGAGUAGUACAACCACUGACGCUAGUACGAGUGCAAUCCAAGGCCAGUCAACGCCAGGCGCCGCUGGGCAUCCGCAAUCCACCACCACUGCAUCCACUUCAGCCGUGUCAUCGUUUCCAGUCACUGCUACCACUAGUAGUCAGACCCAUGCGCACGAGCCAGGAGCGUCGGGAUUCAAUGCAUCUGUCGCAUUCAAGCUGUUUGGCGCAAGUACACUGUCUGCAUCGACAUCCACUGCAGCUGCAAUCGCAAGUGCUCCGCUCGGUUCAACGCUCAAAGGGACAUUCUCGCUGGACGCGCUCGAGGAAAACCUCCCAAAGCAAGUCGGAGCUGACCAGACGGAUCUGGCAUCUGCUGCUCGUAUGAAGUGGUUUUUUGCGCAAGACGAUGCCGAUGUCGAGGGCGACGACGACGACGACGAGAUUGCAGAUCAAAAUGACGACCAAGAAGACGCUCAGCAUCCACAACAGCAACAACAGCAACAACAGCAACGACACCAACAAGAAGCAGCUCCUUCUGUCGGAACGGCAUUGUCAAAGCCGUCGCGAUCAUCACCAGUAGCAUCCCCGAGCAAACGCAAGGGACGCCGAAAAAAGCAGCACCACCGAGCAGGGCCAGCCGAAUUCACACUCGAUACCGUCCGACGACAGCAGCUGCUCGCUCUCAACUUGAAUCCAAUCAUUGCGGUGGAGUCGUUCACCGCCCGCCCACACAACCGACCUGCGUUUUCAGUCAACGUCAUUCGUGACGACUUGCUAUUGGGCGGCACAAAGCAGCGGGCACUGGUCGAUAUGCUCUCGCGGCGCACGGCAAGCGAGUUUGUCUAUGCCGGACCAGCCUUUGGCUACGCGCAGGUUGCCCUCGCACUGUCGGCGCUGUUGCUGCGGAAGACGGCCCACAUCUUUGUGGCCGAGUACGACGACGGCACAGUUCUGCACCCACUCUCGCGCUUGGCUCAGGCAUUGGGCGGCGUCAUCCACACAAUCCCGCGCCCCUUCCACGCGCUCAAGCGCGUCCAGGAGAAGGCCGAGCAGUUUGUACUUGCGCGGCAGCGCGAGUUGCGCAACCCUAGCGCUGUUGAACUGCUGCCCUUUGGCCUGAAUUGCGAAGAGUUUGUCCGUGUGCUCACCAGUCAGCUGCAAGCCGUGCGCCCAGUUGCGCUUGUCGAGCAACCUCCGCGCCGACUGUGGACGACGGUGGGCUCCGGUGCCAUCAUUGAGGUGCUGCAUCGCAUCUGGCCCGACACCAAGUUUCUCAUCAUCCAAGUGGGCAAGUGGGUGGAUCGCGAAAUUGUCAACCGCAUGCACGCCGAGAUUUUCGAGGCGCCACAGUCCUUCACCGAGCCCGUCGACAUUCUGCCUCCAUACCCCAGCGUCGCGACAUACGAUGCCAAGCUGUGGCCCUUUGUGCUCAAGUACGGCGAGCCAGACGACUACAUCUGGAAUGUCGGCGCCGACGUGCCUGACAAUCCGCUUCUUCGUGUGGAUGCGAUUCUCCAAGAGCUGCAACAUCAGCAAUCCGCCGCUGCACGCCCAUCUGCCGCCGCCAACAGCGCAACCUCAGCCAUGCUUGGAGCGCUGUUCCGAUCUGCGCCCUCUGCUUCUAGUUGAGCGAGAGAGAGUGAGAGUGUGUGCGUGUUGCGUUCUUGGUCUGGCUGUGGCAGGGUUGAUUCUUUGCCCGGACCAAGGUUGUUGUUACAGUAGGUGUUAAAUAGACGUAAAGUAUUUUUACGAGACGA